CGUCGUCGCAAAAACCCCCACUGGCUGUUUGGUGUGUCUCCCUGUAGAGUGGGAAACUGGGACCGAAACACGGGCCAGGGCGAAAUGCACUUAAUUAAAAAUGCAUCGGAUAUUAAUUAAAAGUAAAUUUCAGACUUCUUCUUUUUCUUCUUCUUCUUCUUAAAAGAGCUUACAUCGUGUUUUGUCCUUGAAAGAAGUGCAGAGUAAUGCUCAGGAAAGAAAACUCCCGGUCAUACCAAGAGUUCAACGAUUGUGACGAUGAUGAAGGCAAGGCCGCAGAGCAGCUGGAGGGGGAGGAGCCGAACGGCAGCAUCUCACAAGAGGAUGACAUCAGGGAAAAUAGUCCACCGAUGAGAUUCAGUAAAACCUGCCUGAAGAAUGUCUUCACGGUGGUGCUCAUCUUCAUCUACCUGCUGCUGACGGCGGUGGCGGCGUUUCUGGCCUACCAGACUAUCUCUGACUUUUUGGUCAAGCUGAACCACCCGGUCACGUCUGUCACCUACAAGGAGGUGGACUCGUUUUCUCCCCCUGGUAUCGCUCUCUAUCCUGGCAAAGCUCAGCUGCUGAGCUGCAGACAUCACUACCACGACUACAUCCCACCUUUAGUGGAUCCUGGCAAGCCUCAGGAAGGGAACUGUUUGAUCGAUGAAGUGAAUUACUUUGGGCCAUUUACAAAUCAAAAAGAGAAAAGAGCUCUGGUGGUCCGUGGCCCCUCCGACGUCAGAAACAAAGAGUUGAUCUUCAUGCAGUUCAGUCAUAAUGAAACAGAGGAGGACUUCAGCGCCAUCACUUACAUGCUUUUUGCCAAGUUUAGUGACUUGACUAACAGCGCGAAUAAAUCAGAUUUCAUGAGGGACUGUGAGAGAAAUUACUCCAUGUGGACCUUCUCUGGAGGAUUCAGAACCUGGGUCAAGAUGUCUCUAGUGAGGACGUCUGGGAAAACCAAUGAAUCCGUCGAGUUUCGGCAAGAGUCCACUGUGGUGAAAUUCAAUGAUAAAAGACCUGAAUCAGAGCAAAGCAAUCAGCUUUUCUUUGCUGUUUUUGAAUGGCGGGAUCCUUUCAUGCAAGAAAUCAGACUGAUAGUGACUGCAAAUCCCUGGAACUCUAUAGCCAUCCUCUGCGGGGUCUUCAUGGCUCUCUUCAAGGCUGCUAAUUUUGCCAAGCUCACUAUUCAGUGGAUAAUCAAGAUGCGCAAGAGGCAUCUGAGGAAUAAAGCACGGGAACUGAACCAAAUCAGCUGAAACCCUGACGACACAAUCUGUCCACAUCCAGAUUCUCCAAAGCACUAAUCUGGAGUUUUGUCUUAAACUUCUACAUGAUGGUGUUUUAUUAACGUCAGAAGUUGCACCAUUUUGUGAUUACUGGUAAAAAUAAUUGGCACUAACAUAAUAUUGAUAAUAUUGCCUUCAGUGUACCAGUGUAACGGAGGGUGAUUGAUAUGUUCUAACUGAAUAUUUCUGGAAAUGCAGUUUUGCACGCACAUAAAAGAAGAUGCUGUGAAGGUUUGUGAGUCUGAUUGUCUAAAAGGUCUACAGCUAAGAAAAUGUGAACUUUGGUCAAAAUGUUGCUGGAUUUUUGGAUUGGUUCUCAUGUUGAUAAUAUAAUAUUAAAAGGAAUAUUCUUGUCUUUUAUUUGUGUGCCCUACGUUUCAAAGCACUGCUGAGUAAUAUCCUGUUUAUGUCAUAAAGCAUUAUCAUGGAAAUAGCCAAACAGGGUUUAUAGCUACCUACACUGACCACUUGAUAACAGUAUGAACUCCAAAGGGAUCAGAAACUAUUUUUCUGCUGUUGAGUUUGUUUGUGUCCAAACACUGUUGUUUAUAUUUGAUUUUAACAUAUGUAUUAUACAAAAAAAAAAGUAUCAGUGUGUUCAUUUACUUGGAUUGUUGUCUGAAUUGUGAUGUUGUUCACUAUUGU